UUUAAAAAGCCAGGCAGCCGGAGCAAAGUUUCAGUUCGGGGAAAGUGGUACGUCGGCAAAAGACCCUGUCCGAAUUCGGUUUCUCCUAUGAUGGGCGAUCAGUUUUCAUACAUGCGGCUGCCCACAUGUACGGAAGAUGCCAAGGACAAAAACAUCUGGAGCAGAUGCAAACUAUGGGGAAAGACGCACCGUUGGUGCGUCGUUGCGCUCCUAUGCAUUGUUUUGAUCGCGGUUAUCUGUGUGCUCAAGCCCCGGGCGGACGACACGCUGGGAGGAAGCCAAAUGGAGCUACGCAAACAAAUCUCUCAGCAACAGGCUGAGCUCGUCUCCCUCCGAAAGAAUGGGUCCAUGAUGGAAGAGGCCCAGGCGAAAGCGGAGGAGGACAUGCAGGGCUUGGAGGUCCAACUGGCGACCACCAGCCAGAACCUCAGAAAGGCCCAGGGGCAGAAGAACACCUGCCAGGCACAGCUGGAGAAAGCGGAGAAGGGAAGUCUUGGCCUUCAGGCAGAACUGAAGACGGCCAACCGCACCCUGGCGGAUGCCAAACAGCGUUUGGAGAUGAUCAAAACAGACAGAGACGGGCUGCAAACCCAACUGGCGUCGGCCAACCAGAACCUCCAAAAGACCCAACAGCAGAGAGAGGGUUGCCAGACUCAGCUGCAUACCGUGGAAGGAAAAACCACCUCCCUGGAGGCCCAAGUCGAAACACAGCAGACGGAAAUGCAGACGCUUCAAGAGCGAAAUCAACAGCUUCAGCAACAGAUUUCCAGCCAAGCAAGUGAGCUGGAGGAGGCCCAGAGCAAGGUGCAGAGUGAGAGAGAGAAGUACGAAAGACAAAUCGAGACGCUGCAGGAUCAGAUCCAUUUCCUUCAUGAGCAGAGGCAACAGCAGCGUUCCAGCGGCGGCAUCCUUCAUGGUUUCUGCACAGUCCUCUUCCUGCUUGUUCCGGCCAGGCUCCUCCUCCAAUAGCCCCGUGAACUUUGAUGCCAUCUAGUGGACGACAAGGAGAACUUUCUUUUGCCGUUGUUCUGGGGUGACAUCCAGCCUCAUCUGCAUAGCCCCGCCUCCUCACCAGCACCAUGGUUUGGCCAUUCCUAGCUAGGAACCGUGCUAAUCAUUCCAGGUGAAUCAGAUGCGGCUGCAGCGAAGAGUCCCAGUAUAAAAUACGGAAAUUGCCAUAAGGUGAAAAGGUGCCGCUCUCCUCCUAGUGGGACCCUCUACUUCCUUUCCCACCCUAUGAAAUAAAUCCCUUGUUCGUUUGAUAACUCUGUACCCCGGUGAAUGUCCAACGGGGACAAAACAUUUUGCUUUUUCAUGUAUUGCCUGGAUUCUUCGAUUCUAAUUCUUUGGGAGCAACGUGCUAUUUCACGUAUUGGGUGCAGUUGGUCCCAGGUUCUGCCUCCGCACCUGCACUUUAAGGGGUGGGGCAGGGAAGGAUCCUGUAGAAUGUAAAAUAAAAUAAAGACUUUUCUCUACUUGAGAUCCAGCAGAGGUAGAAAUUGGGCUGGCUCAGUAGCUGCAUUUGUAGCAGGGGUUCCAUCUCAGAGCCUAGGCCAGUCCACUUGCACUACAGUUCCCAUCAUCCCCAGACAACAUGACCGUUGGAGCUCUGCUCCUACGCAUCUGGAGGGUGUCCGGCUUGGACAGCCUCGUCUUGGCUCUGCUUGACACCUUUCCCACACAGCUGUGGACAGAACCUUCUGUUCCUGAGCUGGGAGGUUGCCGGAUGAAAUCUCUUCUUUCAGGUAUUUUCAAAUGAGAAAGAGUCCUUUAAAAGAAGGGACCACCCUGUGAGCGUUUUAAACGACUCGUCCUUGCUUGGAAACAUCCCAAAGGUGCAGGAAAUGUUGGAGAUUCUCCUAUCUGGCUAUAGCCACUAGGUGACAUCACCACCUCAGACCUUUCGUGAAGACACUUGAUAAUGCAAGAGGCCAAACACAGACCCAAUUGUGCAUCAUCAGGGAUAGCUUGGGGGACGCUUGGCUUCAGUGGUCCCCCUCCCUAACUGGGACUACCCUUUGGGCCCAAUCCACCCAACAGGAGAGGGUCAGGCAAGCAGAACUUUGGUUUGGGCCUACUGUGACACCGAAGGCUGCUCCAGGAGUUGGCGUUGUUGGGCCCGCUCCUGGUCUGCGGGCUGAGCGUAAGAAGCAAAUAUAUUUCAUGGCCCAUCCUGUGUACAAGCUGCAGGGAGUCGUUUUUCCUGGGCUAGCGUCAGGCGAGCGUCCCAGCCCGGUUGGAGCCAUGGGGGAUUUUUGAAAGCGCAUGUCAUGGGCGCUCUCACAAAAUGGCAGCUGUGUGUGGGGGGGGGUUGCCUGUUCCUAAAAUGGCUGCUACGGUGAGUGCAGCUGGUCACGAAGCACUCAUCGCUGAGAGACGCAGCCGCCGAAGACCCUGAGCGCAAAGCAAAAGGUGGGCUCUGAGCUCCCGAAGGCAAAAUCAGUUUUGGGACGCCCAAUCAAGAUGGCGCUUGAGAGCAGCGCUCCCAUGCAACGUAAAAAGAUCUUAAGAGAUAAAAUAAAAAGCAGAAGGCGCCGCACCGGUCCUCAUGGGAGAAGCCAGGAGACCACUCAGAGAAGAGCCUUUGGUGUGGUGGCCCCUUUUUUUGGGGAACGCCCUGGAGGUCGAGCGGACACCCACACUCCACUGGAUCCCACGCCUCCUGAAUACAGCUCUUUUCCAGGAAUCCUCGCUCAACGGGAACAGCCAUGGGGUUUUUUUUGUACUUCUGCGUUAAAAUGAACAAUUUUACGGUGCUGUUUUCAGCGUUUUUAGCUUUUUAUUAUUCACAUUCACCGCUCUGGAAUCUAUUUUAGAUACGGAGCGGCAUAUAAAUAUUGUAAAUAUAUAAUAAAUAAAUACAUGCUAUGGGGAUUUUGCAGUUCUAAAUAAACUGUCUUGAACUAUUA